GACGUGAUAAAGAUGGUGAAGUGCAAGAAGGUCAAGCCACAUGGUCGCUUGGGACGAAAGGAUAAGCCGAAAUUUGGUGAAACUUGUAUGCGAAGAAACCUGGGGAUUCUGCGCAGGGUUUUACCAAGUUGUGAAGAGGUGGAUGACGAGGAAGUCUUGAUCCUCAAGUCAAUUCAGCAUCUCAUGCUUCUCAAAUCUCAGGUUACUUUACUGAGAAAGCUAGCUGAUGUUUGUGGACUCUAAAAGAACGUUAGUUCUCAAGUUGUUAUGCAUUAUGUUAUAAGAUCUAAACGGAGAAAAAAAAAGAAACAGAGGAGAUCAAAUAAACAUGCAAAUUAGUAAACAUGUAAAAGUCCAAAUAAACAGAAAUGUUGGGUUUUUGUUGCUUAGGCUUGGGCUUCACAUGUAAGUUCAUUUUAUGUCACUUUUGAGUUAUUAUAAGAACAGUAACGUAAGAAGACCUCUAAAAGCAUUUUAAUGGAAGUUAUAUCCAUUAGAGUUCUAAAUUUUCAUAUGUGUGUAUGUAUAUAUUA